ACGAUCGAGUAUACUACAGCCAUAACGCCGAGUGUCACUGUGAUCACCGGGGGGGGAAAUAACAAUAAGUAAAAAAAAAAUACUGCAUGAAACUGUCUGAUCAGUUCUGCGUCUACAAGCGCCCGGUAAAAGGAGCAAACGAUGCGUUUCCAUCCCUGAUUGUCGCUUUACCGUCGUUCCCGCAGAGCCGAUAAUGCUUAAGAUGAGGCUGCCCAUGAGAACGGCGGAGGAAGGAGGCGACGAGACGGCCGAAGACGAGCAGGACCACGCCAACCCCGGUCUUCAUAGCCCCGGCUCUGUGGAUCAGACGGCUACCGGCGUAACAGAGGACUCCCCUAGGCAGCUGGGGUGCUCCCUGUUGAAUAAGGAGGCUGUGUUCGAGUGGUUCGGCUUGCACCUGAAUCCGGCCAAGCGAAUCGAGUUCAUGUGCGGGCUGCUCCAUAUGUGCCAGCCGCUGGAGCUGCGCUUCCUCGGCUCCUGUCUGGAGGACUUGGCGAGAAAGGACUUCCACGUCCUGCGAGACUUCGAAAUGAAGGCGAACAGUCCGAGCGAGCUGGGCCUGCUGACGGACGUCGCUGACCCGGUGGUCAGGUCCAGGCUGCUCGUCUGCCUGUCCCUCCUGGGCUCCGAGAACCGGGAAUGUGCUGGAAUACUGUUUCGCAUCCUGAGCCAUGCGGACCCUGCCUUGUGCUUUAGAAACCACGGCUUCCCCGCGUCUUCCUACCGGGACCCGCGGCACCCCCGGCUCCAUCCUUCCUGUGGGGAUGCAGACGAGCCGGGGAAGUCGGAGAGGUUAUCGGGGCCUCUGUCAGAGGCGGGGGCUGGGCUGCUGGAGCAGUUCGCGCUGCUCUUCACCAUGGCCUCCCUGCACCCGGCGUUCCCUUUUCACCAGAGGGAGACCGUCCGGGUCCAACUGGAAAAAGUGGAGCUGGCGAUAAGAGAAGAGGAGCAACUACGACGACGCGGUGCCGACAGCCCGAACAAAAUUCCACAAACAGGUGACUUCUCCCCCAGCACUGACACCAGCCCAAAUAACAGAGCACAAUGUCGCCACUCGACCCAGUCUGCAGCCAAGAAGUCUCAGAGGGAAGCUGUAUAUAUCGAAAAGAUCUUGCUGAAGGGAAUCUCGUGGAGCAGGACAGACAAGGAGUACAGUUUUGAGGUGAAAUGGUCAGAUUCUUCGUCGAGUAGUGUGAUGAAGACGCACCAUGAUCUGGAGGAAUUUUUGUUGAAGCUUCCAAAGGAAUUUGCCACAGAGUCCUUCGAGAAGAGUAUUGUGCGAUUACUCAGCCAGGGAGACAAGUAUGAGAGCAGGGAACUGGAGCGAACACUAAAGGAGAAGUUCCUAUCCGCGCCGCCAGCUUUCCGGCAGUCCGGGACGGUCUGCAGCUUCUUCUUGUCGGAUUCCUCUGGGUCCAGCUGCAGCCGCUGUAACCCUAUGGCCCUAGGAAAGCCCUUCACGGAGGACUGCUCUGAGGCAUCCAGCCAGGAGGAAGGUGCUUUCUCUUCAGAUCUAGAGCAGUAUGUUGUUGGUCACCGGAAGAAACCUGGUACCAAGAGUCCAAGCCUUAGCAGCCAGAGUAGCAAGAGCUGCCCAGCGGACGGACGGAGAGCCACGCCCUCAGAGCUCAACGGUGCCCCCGACUGGAGGCGGAAGAGCUGCCCACUAAAGCCGACCCUGGAGCAACGUGGCCCUGGGCCAGAGCAGCACCCAGGUGAUCAGAAGUGGAACUCCACCCCCAGCCCUAAGAACAAGCCCAGAGCAGCGGCCGCAGAGAGAGAGAAGGGGAAGGUGGGAGAGGGCAGGCUAGCUUACGUUGGCAAUGGGAUCAUGAGACCCGCUGCGGUGCACCCAGGUCGACAGCCCACCAGGAAAGACCGUCGCCAUGACGUGGGCUCGGGGCAGGAUUCGUACGGGGAAACGUCCUCUGAGAGCUACAGCUCACCCUCCAGCCCACAGCACGACGGACGGGAGAGCCUGGAGAGCGAGGACGAGAAGGACAGGGAUACAGACAGCCAUUCCGAUGACUACAGCAAGGGCCGGGUGGAGCCCUUCCCCUCUCCUAAACGGCUGGCCGGAGCAGCCCUUGCCACCAUGCGCCCCCUACUGCCCAACCCGCUGAAGGAGGAGCCGUCCCGCCCAGAGGGGGCUCUCAGCAAUCCUGUGUUCCCCCAGCUCUCUUUCGUGCACACCCUGCCCUAUGUGGUCCAGAACGGGGCGGUCCCCUCCCCAGACCCAGGGUCAGCCACUCAUGGGCCAGACAGCAAGCCCGUCGUGGGGGUGGCAGGGGUGGGGACCCCGUCCUUGGGACUCCGCGAGGCCGUCUCCGGCAUGGUACCACCUGGGGAGGGGGAGAAGUUGCCGCCCGAGCCCGCCUCCCUGCCGCAUGCCUUCGGGCCAUCCCUGGCAGGCCUGCCGCAAGCCGUGGGCCCAGCCAUUCAGCCCCUUGUCCCGCGCUUCAAGGCCACCACCCUACAGGGCAGCUCUGAGAACUGCGCCCUGCCACACCAGCCCCCCGUGCCACACCAGCCCCCCGUGGGCAGUGUUGGUGUCGUUCCCCAAGGCACCAGCUACAUGUCUCCCCUGACACAGGCCUACCCCAGCACCGAACCCGCCAGCCUCCCCAACCCCGCCCCGCCCACAGAGCCCCAUGCCAAGCCCCCCAGCCUCUCGCUGUCUGCUGGCCUGGCCACCCCCUACAGCUUGCCCGUGCCCACUUCCAUCAUGCCCUCCGUGGGGGGCGUGGCCACCCCCACAGUCAGCCAGGUGCAGGUCAUGGUGCCACCUGCCAUCCCCACCCACACCCCUGGCCCCGCCCCCAGCUCAAGCCCCGCCCUUACUCACAGCACAGCACAGAGCGACAGCACCUCUUACAUCAACAGUACCAGCUGUGGCACCUCCAGCGGGGCCUCCCAACCCCAGCAGCAGCAAUCGACGCCUCCUCAGCAGAUGGGCUGCGGAACUUGCGGUUGCCGAGGUAGCUGUGGCAGUAACCACGCCCCCAACUACUACUUCCCGCCCCAGAUGCCCCGGCAGGUCCUCAGUAUGCCCCAUAUCUUCCACCUCACGUCGCUGCCCCAUCAGAGCAACGGCACCACGCAGCUUCCCUUCUUUCCGCCGGCGCCCUAUGCCAGCGGGCCACUGCUGCACACGCACUCCGAGCACGUGCUCAGCACCCAGGUGGGCUACGGCAUGCAGCAGAUGGGCGCCUUCAACCGCUUCUACCCGCCGGUCUUCCCCCCGGUCAGCAUGAUGCCCGGCGGCGCCCUGACAGCGUGCAUGAAGAAGAACAGCAGCAAUGUCUCCUGCUACAACUGCGGGGUCAGUGGGCAUUAUGCACAGGACUGCAAGCAGCCCUCCAUUGAUGCCGCACAGCAAGAGCUUGCCUUUACACAGUGCCUGCAGAGCUAGGUGUCUUCAGGCUGAAGUACGUUGGAGCUCAGUCCUCGGAGAUGAUCGACAAGGCUGACUGAAGUCACUGGAGACCACUAUCUCUGUCAUGUUCCGUUACAAUAAAGUUUCCAGAGACCUUGUAUUUUAAGAGGUGUAAAUGUUUCCAUUCUGUUUGUUUCACCUUUUAAAAUGUGCUUUGGGGGCCUGGCAAACCUGAAUUUGUGCCUGAAACCUCCUUGUUAUAGCUGAGGGAGAUUGCUCCUCAUUUCAAAGACCCCUCCCCGCCCAACUCCACCCUGGGUUUCCUCUGGUAUUUUGCACUGAAGACUGGCGAGAGACACCGGUUCAUGUUUACGAGCUUGUUUCUUAAAUUGUAAAACCAAGUCUGAUAGGAGUACAAAGGAUUGCUAAUAGUCUGAUCUUUAACACCAGGGGGUUGUGAAGGGAUUCUAUAUUAGUCACCCCUUUCACUUUUUAACCAAGGGUAUAUUUAUGAUUCCUUAUGGUUUCAGUUUUUGUCACAAACCAAGGGGGGAAAACUAAUGGUUGCAGAUGUGCAAAGCUGGGAUUGUUUUUUAUUUUUUUUAUCACAGUGUUCUGAAUGUACAGCAUAUUGUUAUUUUAAUUGCCUAAAUUUAAGGAAUUUGGCAGUAUCUUCUAUUAAGAAUGGUUACUUUGAAGCAUUGCCACUUGAUAUAAUGUGAACCUUGUAUUUAAUCAUUAAUCAUGUUGUCAUCAUUUUAAUGCUGCUGUCCUUUCAUUUAUUCUUUUUUUAUUAUUAUUUAACCUCUUGCACUGUUGCUGCAAGGAGUUCUGAAGUCCCCAAGUCUACUAAGGCGGUCUUAAGGUAGAACAGAGACAGCAGUCUAAUACUCCAAUAACGUUACGUUAUGUUGCUGUCCAUACAGUAUUUUUAUGCACUGCAGAUUCUGACCACAAGAUGGAGCCACUGCUUACCAGUUGUGCAGGGUGCGGAAGGAUCUAGCGUGAAUUGGGGUGUGUAGGAAGACACAUGGACUUGCCUGUAGUAGCCACGAUGGAAGAAAUACGCAUAGAGAUUAAUUUUCCUUAAAUUUAUAUUAUUUUUGUCCCUUCCUAAAGCAGCAAUGGUAUUGUAUUAAAUAUGCUUGCGUUGUAUAUGUAUGAGCGCACAUACAUACUACGCACGUCAUUUUCAUAUUUGAAUAGGAUGGACAGUUGUUAAAGCUUUAAUAAGUUUGUUCAUAAUUUUGAGGAAGAUCACAUCAUUGGUAACCAUUCCAAAACGAUAGUUUCUUCGCAGAGUACUUCCUGACAAAUGGCUCUCACUUGAUACUAUACUUUGUUUCUGGUCGUGUGAGGCUGUCAGCAUGCCCACAUACAAGCAAAUCUCACCCUUAACCGUAUGUAGAUAGACCUCCUUUUCAAUAUAAUCGGUUCGUUUCUUAAAGAUUUAAAGACGUGCGCGCGGGUUUUCGUCUGCUCCUAAAACUUUCGUUUGGUGCCGCAGCAGCUCAAAGCCUACUUACUUGUAUUGAAGGAAGUAUGAACGGUCUUCUUUGUACUGACGUUAAAUAAAACGAUAACGUGGAAUUUAUUUUGAUAGAUAUUUAAAAUUGACAAACAUUUUAAAAGGCAAGGACCACUUGAGUAUAUAGUGGGUGUUGGACUUGUAUAUAAGAACCUGACAGUUGUAUUUGUUGAACUUUUAAGGUUUAAAAUGCUGUACUGUAUAUAAGGGGGUAUCUUGUUACCUUCAGUUGUCUGUUUACUGUAUUCUUUGAUAUCUAAAUGUUAUGUACUGGAAAGGUCAAAUAUAUUUCUAGAACAAAUUUGGAUUUUAUGCAAAUUGUUCAUUUUUUUGUUUCUCUGGAAUUAACAGCAAUAAAUACAAAACGCGG